AUGUAUUCACCUGGCCUAUCUCCACUACAAGAAGAAGCUUUGAUGAAUUUCCAAGCAAUAACAGACAACUACGAUCCAAAUGUAGGGAUUGACUUUCUUUCUCGUCACAACUGGGAUGUAACAGCAGCUUCAAACACAUAUUUUGCAUUCCAGCAUCAACCCCCUCCAUCUCAGCCUGAAAGACUAGUUGAUCCUGAGCCAGAUUUUUAUUCUCCUCCGCCUCCUCGAGCUUCUAAGUCAUUUUUCAGUAAAAUCAUGAAUGCAUUCACUAUAUCCGAACCAAAAGAAAACCCAUGCGCUUUAAGAUUUAUCCAAAGACUAGCAUCAGCAACUAAAAGCAACCCAAAUGUCCCAUUCAGCAAAAAAUACUUGCAAGAAGUUUUAUCAGAGUCGCAAAAACGAAAACGACCACUUUUAAUGUUUGUAUGUGGGGUUGACACUCCUAAUGAGUUUUUACUCCCCCCUCCGUGAGUGAACAAAAAAAUUUUGUUCACUCACGGAGGGGGGUUAAUUUUUUUUUUAGAAAUUUAAAAAAUCCUAAUUCGCAAAAAUUUGAAAGCAAAUAUUAAUUUAAUUGAUAAAAUUUAUGUUUUAAAAAGCAAUUCGUUUAAAAUAAACAGAAUCAGCUCUAGAUUUCAUUAUACUAAUUAUCACUUAUAUCUCAAAAUUUUUUUCUAUAAAAAAUUUUUCUUUUCGAAAAUUUUUUGUUCACUCACGGGGGGGGGUGGGUUUUUUGGCAAAAAAUAGCGAUUUUUCUAAUGGUUUUGUUCACUCACGGAGGGGGGGAGUAAGAAUUUUUUAAAAAAAAAUCUUUUAACUAAAAAAAUAAAAAAAAAUAAAUAUUCUACAAAAAUACCUAAAGCUUUUUAAGAGAUGUCCUAUGCAGCAGUUUAAUAAAAGGUAUAAUAAGUGACUCUUUUAUUGCAUGAGGUGUCGAAAUGAAUUCAAGUGAUGGAAGGACUGCAAACGUAGUUUUAUCAAUCCAAAGCUACCCUUGUUUCGCAGUGGUAAAAGUUGAUGAAUCGUCAAAGCCGCUUAUACUUGAUAAAAUUGAAGGAAUGGUCACUGUAGAAAGGCUUGCAGAAUUUCUAGAAAAUAAUGUAAUCGCUUUUACUGAUAUGAUGUAUCCUCAUCUUAAAGAAGAACGACUCAUUAGAGAACAGCAAGAAAGAGAGCUUAAAGAAGCAGAAGCUAUUGUCAGAGAAAGAGAAAAAGCUGAAAGAGAAAAGCAAGCCAAAAUCAAACAGGAGCUAGAAGAGCAGAAACGAAUUUUAGAAGAAAAAGAAAAAAUCAAGCAAGAGAAAAAAAGAAAAAUCAAAGAAGAGCCGCCUGAAGGUCCUGAAAUUGCACAUUUAUCAUUAAGAAUGCCAAAUGGGCAAAAGAUUGAAAGAAGAUUUAUGAAGGAAGAUAGGAUUGAAAAUGUGUAUGAUUUUAUUGAAACUCUUGACAUUCAAAAUAAAUUCCAAAUUGUGUCUGGGUUUCCUCCUAAAGUGCUUGAUGAUAAAGAAAAAAGUUUAGAGGCUGAAGGGCUGUUCCCAAAAGCAGUUGUACAUGUCAGGGAAGUUAAUUCGUAA